AUGGGGCCGAUCGCUUGCAGCGCUUUGCUAGCCACCCUGCUGCCCUUUGUUACCCGCGGAUUUGCUGACACAGCCAGCUCAAGAGGUCACAGGCAGCUGAUGAGUGUGAGCCAGCCUGGGGUUUGUCGCUACGGUUCUAAGCUCGAGUGCUGCUAUGGCUGGAGAAAGAACAAUGGGCAUUGCGAAGCCACCUGUGAACAUGGGUGCAAGUAUGGCGAGUGCGUGGGGCCAAACAAAUGCAAAUGUUUUCCUGGAUUUACAGGGAAAACCUGCAGUCAAGAUACAAAUGAAUGUGGAUUGAAACCGCGUCCCUGUGAGCAUAGAUGUAUGAACACCCAUGGCAGCUACAAGUGCUAUUGUCUCAAUGGCUACAUGCUCAUGCCAGAUGGCACGUGUGCAAAUUCCAGGACCUGUGCUAUGGUGAACUGCCAGUAUGGAUGUGAAGAAGUCAAAGAGGAGGUGCGGUGUUUGUGUCCAUCAACUGGACUUCAGUUGGGACCAAAUGGAAGGACGUGUAUAGGCCAAUGGGGGCCGCGGGAAGCAGUGCGGGCCAAGGGAAUGGCAAACCGGGGCCAGUGGGAGCUGCGAUCGGCCGAACCUGUGGACGCUGCAGAUAUUGAUGAGUGCUCCACUGGCAAAGCUAUUUGCUCCUAUAACCGCAGAUGUGUCAACACAUUUGGAAGCUACUAUUGCAAGUGUCAGAUUGGUUAUGAACUGAAAUAUGUCAGCGGCCAUUAUGACUGUGUAGAUAUAAAUGAAUGUGCUGCAAGCAUACACAAGUGUAACGUCCAUGCAGGGUGCCUCAAUACUCAGGGAUCCUUCAAGUGCAAAUGUAAACAGGGCUACAGAGGUAGUGGAUUUGAAUGUUCUGUUAUCCCUGAAAAUUUGGUGAAGGAAGUCACAAGAAUCCCUGGAGCCAUCAAGGACACAAUCAAGAAACUUCUUGCACACAAGAGCAGUGUGAAAAAACAUGAAGAGAUCAAGAAUGUGAUCCCAGAACCAGCCAUGACACCAGCUUCUAAGGUUCACUUGCCAUCCUUUGACUAUGAAGAUGGUGUUUACAUUGGAGGGACAUAUGAUGUAGAGGAGAAAGAGACUGAAGAUGCUGUAGAGGAGGAACAGGAGGAAGAACAAGAGGACCUUGAGAACCAGAUUGGUCAUGAACAAAGCCUUAGAGGAGAUGUCUUUAUUCCUAAGGUUAAAGAAGCAGCUGCCUUUGGUCCUGUCCUGGCACAGAGAAAAGUUCCAGUAUCAAAACCAGAGCAGGAAGUUGAUUGCAGCUUCAGUCAAGGAAUUUGUAACUGGAAACAAGGUACUGACGAUGACUUUGACUGGAAUCCUGCUGAUCGAGAUAAUGGUGAUGGAUAUUAUAUGGCAGUUCCAGCCUUUGUGGGGCACAAAAAGAACGUUGGCCGUCUGAAACUUCUUCUGACUGACCUCAAGCCGAAGAGGAGCUACUGUUUGAUUUUCAGUUAUCGCCUUGCUGGAGACAGGGUGGGGAAACUCAGAGUAUUCCUGGGCAGCCACAGAAGUGCUCCUGCCUGGGAGCAGAGCAGAGGAAAAGAUGAAAGGUGGAGGACUGGAAAAAUAGAAAUGCUUCAGGGAGCGGAGACUACUAAGAAUAUCAUUUUUGAAUCAGAACGUGGGAAGGGCAAAACUGGAGAAAUUGGAGUGGACACUGUAAGUUUGGUUUCAGGCUUGUGCCCUAAAGAUCACUUGAUAAUGGAUAUCUGA